GCUUCUAUAACAUAAGUGUGCGUAUAUGCAAACAGAUACACACUGCACUUUCCUCCGGCGCUACUCUGAGCUCUUCCUCUAAGCCUCCGUGCUCGCUUCGCUUCGUUCUCCUCACAUUCCUCGCCGUUCACGCGGUUAGGGUUUUUGUUUCCGCUGCUGCAACUCCGAGACAGAUUGGAGAGAGAAGAGACUAAUUAUUCUCUCUCGAUCGGUCUCUCGGUGACUUAACAUUAGAUGGUAUUUCAAGAAAUCUCGGCGGCCGAAGAAGAAUUACUGAGUAAAGUUAUGGCUACUGCACCUGUGAAAUCUCAGCCUCUGCACAAUUUUCCUCUGCCGUUUUUGAAAUGGGGGAAGAAUCAGAUGAACAAUCACCGCUGCCGUAAACUCGUUGAUUCUUCGCGAGAUUCUCCGCCGCCGGACCACCGAUCUUCGCCCUCCGAAGUGGAAUCUGAAGGUGCUUCUGCUUCUAUCUGCAUAAAGGAUUCCGAGGCCGAGAAUCGGAAGUAUCAGAUUGGAUCACGCAGUUCGAAGAAUCGUUUCAGUUUCUCCUCUUGUUCUUCUGCUGCCUUAACGACGGAGAAGUCAUUGAAGAAUCAGACGGCGUCCGAAGCCGACGCUGCCGGAAUGGAGGAUUCUAAGAAAAAGCUCCUCAUCCGUAUCCGCACGAGUAGUAAAGAAGAGUCCCUAUCGAAGAAUAAAGCUGCUGCUGUUCCUGCUGAAGGUGGAGAAGUAGAGGAAUCGGCGCCGAUGCCGUGGAAUCUGAGACCAAGGAGAGCUGUCUUUAGGGCUCCGGUUGAUAACGGAGGGUCUUCGAAGAACGGAGAUUCGCUAGAUGACCUUCCUCCGAUGCAACAGCCCGAGAAUCAACCAAAAUCUCUUCGUUUAAGAGGUUUUGCUGAAGCUCAGAAUGUAGAGAAGAAGGAGAAGCGGCAGUUCUCGAUCUCGCUUUCUCGCGAGGAGAUUGAAGAGGAUUUCUUCUCGUUGACUGGAUCCAAGCCAUCUCGGAGGCCGAGGAAGAGACCAAGGAAUGUACAGAAACAAGUGGAUAACGUUUUCCCCGGUAUUUGGUUGGCUGGGAUUACUGCAGAUUCGUACAGAGUUCCUGAUGCUACCCCUAAGAGGUAGAUAAGAUCACUAGAGGCGAAACAGUUUUUGAUUCUUGGAGUCUCCAGAAGUUGGAGGCUGAUCACCUCUCUACCUUGAGACCUCUAGUGGAGGUAUAAUACCAUAUAUCUGUAAAGAAGAUGGAAAUUCAUGAAACAGCAUAUAAAUAUUGUGGUUUUUGUUUAGUUUGUAAUCAGUUUGCUGAGGAGCAUAGCUGUUUUCCAUUUUGCUAGUAGCGUCAGAUGUAAGUAACAGAUGGAUUAGUAGAAAGAAUAAUGUUGCUCUGAUUGAAUGCUCCAGAACUGGUAGUGCUCCAUGUAAUUCUCAUGUUCAUCAAAAGAAAUUAUGAUUUAUUGACUGAUUAUAAUGUUUGCAGGCAUCCCUACAUUGUAUGGGAGGCAAGAAUAGCAAGUGUAUGAUUAGUUUGCAGACCAUAAAUCAUUUCGGGAAUGAGUUUGUGAGGGCAAUGUUGCUGCCUUUCUCUGCAAGACACUUGCACCUGACUCAGCUUCACAAGCAUCAAGGGGAACACCUGAUGAGGUUCAAAGUAUAUAUACAUCAGGAACAUGUUUCAUUAUCCACUUACUCUUGUUGUCAGUCAAUUCAUGAUAAUAUGUGGCACAUUUUCUUCAUUAUGUGAUCACAGUGGCUGAAAAGGGUACAGCAUUCUCAUCUAUCUUCAGUUUUUUGGAUGGUUCAGAAGCAUCAUUAUGCUUAUGAAGAUUUGAGAAUUUAUUAAGUACAAACUUUACGAUCCAAUUAUGGGAUCAUUCAGUGCAUGUUUUCAAAUUCUGAACUGUGACUCUUGUGACAUCCUUUGAUUAAAAAAAUUGUAUGGUAAGAUAACUAUACAGUAUUCAUUUGCAAUAUGGCAAGAACCUUUUCACAAUUAUCCAACUGAUCAUUCUCUGAUUAGAGUUUCCCAAACUUUUAGAACCUUACUAUGGCUCUAAAAGUCCAUACCUCACUUUGUUUCUUUAUUCAAGUCUGUCAUCUGCAGUUUAGUGACAUCUACAGUGGCUAGAUGGUAGUAGCCUUUACAACUAACCUACACCUUUAUUUCCUCAGCCUGAGUGAUCUCUGAUAGAAUAUGUUAUGGGUGAGUUUAUGAGUAUCAGGGAUGGAACAUCGCAUUCAUUAUCUGCAGAUUAAGGAGAAUUUGUGAAUCUGAAUUGACACUCUUCUUUGGUUGUCCACUCUGUAGUCUCUAAUGCUUAAUUGCUGGAACAUUCUCUUGCAAAAAUGUUAUUUUUUAUUCCUCCCCCCCCCCCCCCCCCAGCGGCCCCAUUGAAUGUUCACAAGCUUAUUCCAAAAUCUUUCCACAGGUUUACUAGAUCUUGAACUGCAUCUUGAUUUCUAUUACCCUUUUUGAAUAGUUUAUAAACUUAUUCCGGAAUCUUUCCACUGGUUUACUAGAUCUUGUACUGCAUCUUGAUUUCUAUUACCCCUGUGAAAUGUUCGUGAACUUAUUCCAAAAUCUUUCCACAGGUUUACUAGAUGAACUGUAUCUUGAUUUGUAUUACCUCUUUUACCAUUAUACCACCAAACUCACAGAUUUGUUUCUCUGACAUCUGAUUGGAGUGAUAUCUAGACAUCUUACCUGUUAAAAUCCACAUUAUUCAACGCAGGCCCUUUUCUUCUACAAGAAGGCCAAGAACUUGGAUAUAUUCUGGAUUUUGAAAUAACUUGAUAUCUGUGUCAUCAAUCCAAUGUCAAAACAUGAGCUUUUUUGGGCCCUAAUGAGAAAUCUAUCUGUCACACCAUUUGCUCUCUAAUGCUUGUUACCGUAUCAUACCAUCUCUACCACUUACCACCCAGAAGUUCUUUCCAUGUUGCAACAUCAAUGAAAUCCACAUCUAAUCUGUGCACCACCAAGGAGUCUUAACUGCACUGGUCGAAGAUUUUGUUCCAAGAAAUGGGAAGGGGACUGACUUUAGUGGAAGAUUGAUGGAAUUAAUUGAACAUUAAAAGGAGUCCGCGUGGAUAGCAAUCAUAUGGAAUAACAUUGAAUUUUUAUUUGAUUAUUAAUGAACUAACUAAAUCAUCUCAUUUUUAAUGCCCCUCAUUGACACCAUUGUCUAGUUAAAUGCUUACAGAUCAAUCUUAUACAGAAAAACAUGCUUAAAAGUUAAAAUGUUAAAGCCUUUCUUACCUGGUAAGAAAAGCUUAAGUACAUUUAGUGUUCAUUCAGCCAUUGAUACAGAUCAACAUUUGUUGAGAACAUAGCUGUCUGUCUCAAGUUCCACAUUGAGAUUUCCACAAAAGAUGCAAUUUGUUGUCUCCUGGGUCUAAUGGGUCUUGCUAGGUAAUGAUUGAGGUUCAUAUCUGUUACAGGCUACAUGAGUAAAAGCAAAAACCUGAUUCUGCUUCAUCGGAUCGCCAUUUGGUGAUGUCCAGACUCGGUCUAGGUAACAUCAAAAUUCUGAUAGUAUGGAGUUGUAAUCCGGAUUUUAGAAUCAAUUUUUUGCAGGUUUGACUUGCAAUUUCUUGGUCUGCUUGGAUCCAUCAUCUGUGCCGACAGGACUAUUGAGCACUGUAUCUGCUAAUUGGGGUUGGUAACCCAACAUGAAUUGCACUCCACCAUUCUUCUUCAUCUAAAGCUGUGUCUAAACGCGACCAUGGAAAUUGAGUUGCUGUUAGCCUGCUCAGUUUUAUUCUUUCCCCAGCGAGAGAUUAUUUCAGUGGUGAAUGCUGAUGGUGGUUAUUUACUUUUUUCUUUCUGGAAUGUAAUUGUCAUAUUCUUAUCUCUAUUAGGAGAGAUUUUAUAUUAGUUUGUCUUUCAUGGAGGAACCAUUAUGUGGUUAUUUUUUGGCUAUCUGAGAGUUGGAAUGUCAAUAUUUUCUUUUGAUC